CUCUGCUCUGAUGGGGAGCAACCAGCUCUCAUCCGGGCUGACUUCUCAACAGGCCGCCUCCAAUCCACCAGCUGAAGUAGCCCCGCCCACCUCGCUCCCCUAGGGGCGGGACCUGAGGCGUCUUGCUGUCGUCACUUCCAGCGGUCCCGGAAGCGCCGUUGUCGCGCCGCUAGAGUUAGGAAGUCGGAUGGGGCUACGCUUAGCUUAAACGUUCGGCAGAUCGUGCGCCGAGGGCCGUUGAGUGCUGCUGUGGCCCGGGCGAGCAGGGCUCGUGGAGCGGCUUCUGGGAUAGUGCGGGCGAGCCCUGGCAGUGUGCCCCUCUGGUGCCACCGUCGCCCCGCCUCUAGGAUAGGACCCGACCGCGCCCUCCAGCCGGGGGUCCUGGCGGGCGCUUCUGCCAGGCUGCCCCGCCGCCCAGCAUCCGGUAUAGUACAGCUGUGAGGAGUGGAUGUGCUGCUGCGGGGACAACUCUGUCCCCGUCGGUUACAGCCCCCGCCAGCGGCUUCGUGACCCUCUCCCAGGCUGUCCGAACGCUGACGUGGAGCAACCCAUCCUGAACCCUCAUGGAGAAGUUUGGGAUGAAUUUCGGGGGCGGCCCAAGCAAGAAGGACCUGCUGGAGACCAUUGAAACUCAGAAGAAGCAGCUCCUCCAGUACCAGGCACGUCUCAAGGAUGUAGUCCGCGCCUAUAAAAGCCUACUGAAAGAGAAAGAGGCACUGGAGGCCAGCAUCAAGGUGCUGUCCGUAUCCCACGAGGCGGAUGUGGGCCUCGCAAUUGUCCAGCCUCAAGGCCUCACCUUUCCUGACUCCGUGGAUGACCGAUGCUCCACUCACAGCGAGGAUAGCACUGGGACCGCCACCAGCUUGGAUACUGCGGCCAGUCUCACCAGCACCAAGGGUGAGUUUGGGGUAGAAGAUGACAGACUGGCCCGCGGACUGCCACCUCCAAAGUUCGAAGAGGCUAGCGGGUCGGAGAGUGGUGUUAGCAGUAGUAGUGGGGAUGGACCGUCUGGGGGUGGGGAGGUGGACAAACGACUGCACCAGCUAAAGACUCAGUUAGCGACUUUGACCAGCUCUUUGGCUACGGUCACGCAGGAGAAGUCCCGUAUGGAAGCUUCUUAUCUGGCUGACAAAAAGAAGAUGAAACAGGACUUAGAGGAUGCCAGUAAAAAGGCAGAGGAGGAGAGGGGUCGUCUGGAGGGAGAGUUGAAGGGGCUGCAGGAGCAGAUAGCAGAAACCAAAGCCCGACUUAUCACGCAACAGCACGAUCGGGCCCAAGAGCAGAGUGACCAUGCCUUGAUGCUGCGUGAGCUCCAGAAACUGCUGCAGGAGGAGAGGACUCAGCGCCAGGACUUGGAGCUCCGGUUGGAAGAGACCCGGGAAGCCCUGGCUGGGCGGGCCUAUGCGGCCGGUCAGAUGGAGGGGUUUGAACUGCAGACCAAGCAGCUGACCCAUGAGGUGGAGGAGCUGAAAGGCGAGCUGCAGGCUCUUCGAGAGGAAAAGAAUCGGCCUGACCCCCGGCUGCAGGAGCUCCAGGAAGAGGCCGCCUGCCUUAAGAGCCAUUUCCAGGCUCAGUUGCAGCAGGAAAUGAGGAAGACGGCCCUUGCCGAGGAUCAGCUACGCCAGCAAUCACAGGUGGAAGAGCAGAGGGUGGCGGCCCUGGAGAAUCAAAUAUCCGAGGUGUCGGAGCUGCUAGGCACGUAUGAGAAAGCCAAGCAGAAGGACCAGCUGGCCAUCCAGAAGCUGAAGGAGCGCAUCCUGCAGCUGGACCUGGAGAACAAGACACUGGCGCUAGCGGCCUCCAGCCGAUCCCCUCUGGACAGCCAUGGAGAGGAUUCCAGCCUGGAUGUCAACGUCCUGAAGGACAAGAUGGAGAAGUUGAAGAGGCUGCUGCAGGUUGCAGCCCGGAAGAGCCAGGUGACCUUGGACGUGGAGAAGCUCUGUGACCUAGAGAUGAUCCCCAGCUCAGAGGCUGCCGAUGGGGAAAAGGCCACUGCGCUCUACUACCAGCAAGAGCUGAAACAGCUGAAGGAGGAGUUUGAGAGGUACAAGAUGCGGGCCCAGGUGGUCCUCAAGAGCAAGAACGCCAGAGAUGGCAACUUGGGCAAGGAGCUGGAGGAAGCCCAGGAGCAGCUUACAGAGCUGAAGGAGAAGUACAUCUCCCUGCGGCUGUCCUGCGAGGAGCUCGAGCGCCAGCACCAGCAGGAGGCCGAGGACUGGAAGCAGGAGCUGGCCCGGCUGCAGCAUGCCCACCGGCAGGAGCUGGAGCGGAACCAGCUGGACUUCAGGGACCGCACGCUGAAGCUGGAGGAGGAGCUGCACAAGCAGCGGGACCGCGCCCUGGCCGUGCUGGCUGAGAAGGACCUGGAGCUGGAGCAGCUGCGUUCGGUGGCCUUGUCCGCCGGGCUGCCGGGACGCCGAAGCCCUGUGGGUGGUGUGGGUCCUGGGGAGCCCGGUGACACGUCUUCCCCAGAUAGCCUGACCCAAGCCCUGCAGCUGGCAGCGGCCAACGAGCCCACUUUCUUCCUGUACGCCGAGCAGUUGGCCCGCAAGGAGGUGGAGAUCACGUCGCUGAGGAAGCAGAAACACAGGCUGGAGGUGGAGGUGCAUCGGCUGCAGGAUCGGCUGCUGGAGCAGGGGGAGCGGCAUCGGGAGGAGGUCGCUGCCCUGCAGAGCCACAUCGAAAAGAACAUGAGGGACCAGAGUCGGGAGGGAGCCAACCUGGAGUAUCUCAAGAACAUCAUCUACCGCUUCCUGACCUUGCCGGACACACUGGGCCGCCAGCAGACGCUCACAGCCAUCCUGACUAUCUUGCACUUCAGUCCAGAGGAGAAACAAGUAAUCAUGCGGCUCCCAACCAGUGGUAGUUGGUGGUCUUCAGGCAAAAGAUGAUGCCGUUUGCACUAACUCCUCAGAUUUCUGUGCCUCUUAUGUGGGAAGGGACAGGCUCUGGUUUCUCCUGCCGCUUCUCUUACAUUGUCAUUUCUUCACUGUGUUGAACUGGGAGGACUCCUCAGUGUGGAAUGAGAUUUUCUGCCAAAUGCCAUUAAUGCUAUUUUAUCCUUGGCCCUACAGAUACUAAAAGUAUUGGGUCAGCGUCUUGUGGUGGUGGUGGUGGUGGUGGUGAUGUGUGUGUGUGAGGGGAGGGUGGAGGGUGGAGGGGCUAGGAUGGAGAGGUGUAAGAGCUGGGGAAUUGAGAGUCUUUUAAAAUAAGAUUUUUGUUGUUGUUGGUUUUAAUAUCGUACCCCUAGCGCAGAGCUCAGAGUACAUGUGACCCCAAAGGAAGUCCAGUUAACUUCUAAACACACACAAGAACCAGCUGUUCACUCCAUGCCGUCACAGUCUUAAGUCUGGUCCCCUCUUGCCCCAGUUCUCUGGGGCCAUAAAUCCAGGCUGGAGAGAGACCAGGAAGUUUGAAAUAGUGACAGAUUGUUCCCUAGUCCAGAGGGCUGAGGAGCAGUGAGUUCAUCCUGGAAUUGGGAAGCUUGGUCUAGGUAGGGCUGGGUAUGACCUAAUCAGUCUGGACAAAGCACACAGCUUGUGACCAUCCUAGAGAGAGCUCCGAGCACUGGUUGGGUCUUAGGGAUUUCCCGGGGGACCUGCAUUUGGCCUGGCAGGGUUAUAAUAGACCUCUCACACUUGUUUCUGCUUGAACCUCUCUGCCCAAGGCUGGCCUGAGAUUGUGAGUGAAUGACUUUGCUAUCUUUUCCUCAAUGCUGAACUUCCAUUAAGAAAAAAAUUCUAGCUUCUUAUAGAGAGGGGUCCGAUCAGGAAACUGGUCCUGCCUAGAUACAAAGAAUUAGCUCCUCCUGCUCUCCUUCAGCUGUUUCUGCCUUUGUAGGGACAGGGAAGAAGAGGAAGAUUUGCUGCAGAGGAUUCCAGAAGGUUGCUGUGACCCUCACGGGAAAGUGGUGGAGGUUCAGCUGAGGCCGGGCUGGAGUACUUGCUGCUUGGUGGAUAGCAUUCUGGCCAAAUUUCCACGUCCCUGCUGCCACGAUGUUGGGGCGUUACUGUCACCAGGGUACUUUGCUCACUCACUUAGAGAGGUAAUAGAGUUUCAGUCCACGAGCUUCAUCUGACCCACACAUACUACUAUUAAAGGAGGGACUCAGAAAAGUUGAGCUCAAGCAGGAUCACCUCCCUAUUUGCUUUCCCCUAUGUGUCCUUGCCGGUUGUAGAGAUCUUUGGACCCUGAAGACCAAAGCUUUGCCACUGACUAAUGUAUCUUUCUGUUAUUUCAUCAUAGCAAUCUUGUAAGGGUUUGGGGUACAAAAGACCUUGAUUAAAUGUUCUGGUUGGGAGCCUGGGUGACCUGGACUAUCUCCAGUAAGCAGACUUAACAGAGCAGAAGUGAUGUAUUUCAAUGAUAAUAACAUAAACCAUGGAAUCAUUAAACCUGACCAACCUGA